AUGAUAUUUGGGAUCCAGUUCAUCUUAUUAUUAGCAGUCUUCCAAGGUGUGCAAUCAGCAGUGCAGCUGGUGGAGUCUGGAGGAGAUGUCAAAAGGCCUGGGGAGUCCCUCCGCCUCACCUGUCGGGGGUCUGGGUUCACAUUCAGCAAUGCCUACCUGCACUGGGUGAGGCAGGCUCCUGGAAAAGGACUGGAAUGGGUGGCAUAUAUAAGUACAGCCUCAAAUCCCAUUUACUACUCGGAUGCUGUGAAGGAGCGCUUCACCAUCUCCAGGGAUGAUUCCAACAGCCUGCUGUAUCUGCAAAUGAAUAGCCUGAAAGUAGAGGACACUGCAAUAUAUUACUGCCCCAGGGAAGGGGCUGGAUGUGACAACUGGUUUGACUACUGGGGACAAGGCACCAUGGUCACCGUCACAACAGCUACACAAAGUGCUCCUUCCGUGUUCCCUCUGCUGUCCUGCUGCAGUAGGGAACCCCCAGAGACCGUGACCUUUGCCUGCCUCGCUGCUGAAUUUCUUCCACAAACUAUAGAGAUCUCAUGGCGUCCUGAAGGAAGAGAUAAAAGGAGCUUCCCAGCCAUGCCCCAAGGAGGAGGUUUCUUCCAAGCAAGCAGCCAGCUCACAGUCUCUGCUUCAGAUUUUCAAUCCAAGAAUUAUGAGUGUAUUGUCAAGCACUCUGCAAAUCCAGGAGGCACUGAUGUGCAAAAGGCCAUUCCCAAGACAGCUUGCAUUGAGACAAGACGGGAGCCACUCCAAAUAUAUGUCUUCCCCCCUGGCUGCAAUGUGCAGGCCACGCAGACCGGCCCAGAGCUGGCAUGCUUCCUUCAGAGCGCCAGCCAUUGGAAUGCUGAUGUGGAAUGGCUGGUGAAUGGACGAGCACAGCCAAAUAAAAAACGGGUGACCCUCUCCGGAGUGCAGGGAAGCGGUUACUCCAGCUCAGUCCAACUGAGAAUCAUCAAAGAGAGCUGGGACAGAGGGGAUCUCUACACAUGUCGAGUGACUCACCCGCCGGGCAGCCAGAACAUCUUGAUGUCCAACACCAGCAAGUGCCAAGCCUGCUACAGCACCACACAACCACCAACUGUCUCCAUCACCAAACCAUCCUAUAGAGACCUGCUUGAAAAGACAGCCAAAAUCAGCUGCUCUGUGGUUGGCUCCCACCUUGAAGACACCCAAGUCAACUGGCAGGUGGACAGCCGGUCCAGCAGAGAGGGUCAGCAAACGGUGAAGACAGAUGGCUCUGGGAGGCAGAGCAUGACGAGUACCCACCCUGUAUCCCUGGAGCAGUGGAGAAGGGGCACAACAUUCACCUGCAAAGUAACUGGACCAUGCUAUGGAGAAAUCACCCAAACAGAAGCCAUCCACAGGGGUACAGCUCCUGCCAAGCCCGCGGUCACCAUUUCCCAAGCCUACCUCGAUGAAUCAAAGAGUGCCAUGGCCCUGAUUCUUGUCUGUAGUGUCAGCGGCUUCUCCCCAGUGGAAAUCAGCAUCUCCUGGAACAAGGACAGUGUACCCCUGAAUGCAACGCUAUAUGACCUAGGUCCUGUGACACAAGCUAGGAAUGCAUACAGCACGUACAGCAUCCUGAAAAUAGGCAGCGAUGAAGCAGCGAGAGGAGGAGGAGGAGGAGGCAGAUACAGUUGUGUGGUCUACCAUUCUUCCUCUGACAGCCCAAUCACUGUCACUGAAAGUGUAUCUCUUGAACCACCCAAGCCUCAAGCACCUACCAUUGAACUCCUGCAGUCAGUAGACCGAGAGAAGAAAAUGGUGAUGCUGAAAUGCAUUGCUUAUAACUACAGGCCACAACCUGUGACCAUCGAGUGGAAGGGUGUCCCACCAAACAAGAACUACAUAUUCACAGAAGAGAAGAUGGCUGAGGGAACAUACAGGGCCAGCAGCCACUUCCAGAUGCCCUUCUCUCAGUGGCAAGAAGUGCAGAGCAACACAUGUGAAGUGGUGCAUCCGGGAACUAGCUCAAGGGUUGCCAAGAGCAUCUCCAGGAAAGGCCUUACAUUGAGUCUCAGCACCAACCCACUCUGUCCCAGAGAGAUGGGCAACAUCACUUUCCUCUGUUCUAUCUAUGGCUACUCCUCGGAGGACAUCCCAGUCACCUGGGAGGUUAGUGGGAGGGCUCAAAGUGUCUUGCCAGAAACCUCUCGGAUGAAAGGCAACCAGUUCUACACCAUCAGCAACCUGACCGUGCCCUUGAAGGACUGGAACCAACUACAGGUGUACACCUGCAAGGUGACCCAUCCUGAAACAAACAAAGUCUACACAAGCAGUACCAGCAAGUGCAGAGCCUGCAAAGCCAGCAUCCCACCCCCCAGCCUCUACCUCCUGAAGCCACCCCUUGAGAGACUGUUCACCCAAAGAGAGGCCAUCUUGACUUGCCACGUGGUGGGAUAUGAGCUGGAUCAUGCCACAGUCACCUGGAUGGUGGGUGACCAUAACCGUAGCAAGAAUGCUACAGCAGGAACCAUCAAGAACCAUGAAAACCAGACCCAGAGUUUCCAAAGCCAGUUGGUCAUCACCAAAGAGGCCUGGGAUUCUGGAAGCAACGUCAAAUGCACAAUUUCUCAUCCCUGCUUUCUCUUCCCAACCACAAGGAUGAGCAUCCAAAAAACAAAAGAGUCCUACCAAGUUAAAGCUCCAUCUCUCUCCUGGGUCCUUCCAUCACCAAUGCAACUGAUGCAACCUGCCUCCCAAGCAGUAGCCUGGUUGGCCUGUAAAGUGUCUGAAUUCUCCCCAGCUGAAAUACUCAUCAGGUGGAAGAAGAACAACAGCAGUAUUCAUGUCUCUGAAUAUAUCACAGGGCCUCCAGUGGCUACAGAUGGCAACCUCACCUUCACCACUCAAAGCAUCCUGAAAAUCCCAGCAUCUGAAUGGGAAAGCAGAGCCCUAUAUACUUGCAUGGUGGGGCAUGAAUCCCUAUCUGAUAUGAAGCAGAUCAGAACAAACUUGUAUGGUCUGCUGGAACCAGCUUCCCCGCAAGUUACAGCAUUCCACAUCCCAGAAGAAGGGGGAGGCCAGAAACUUGUCUGCUUUGCUACCAGCUUCUAUCCAAAAAGCAUUGGCAUUCAAUGGAGUACCAAAGGAAGAAAUCUCAACUGCAGUUCCUACUCUUCACCUCUGGUGGACCUUAGUGAUGGGAAGUUCCAGAAGUCUUGCAGUCUUGUGCUUAGUGGAAAACAAUGGAGCAAGCCAGAAAAAUAUACAUGCAAUGUAAAUCACAGCUCAACCAACACUUUUAUUAAGAAGAACCUGGAAUCUUCUGGUAACAUGACAGGUAUCCGUAUAGAACGGCCAUCCUUUCAAGACCUCUUCAUAAACAAAAGCACAUCUCUAAUAUGCAUGAUGCCCAUCAAAAAUGCAACCAAGAAUUGGACAGUUAGCUGGACAAUGGAUGGCAAACCUGCUAACAUGAAUGCCGUUACCACUAAAGUAAUGGAAAAUACCAACAGCACUUCUUAUGUCUAUGGCGAACUGUGGGUGAAUUUGACUGAAUGGAAAGCCACUAUGAAGUUCACCUGUAGCAUCCGUGAUGGCCUAGAAGAAACCAUACAAUACUUUGACCGAAGGAAUGGCCCUAUGAAGCCCCCCAAAGUCUACCUCCAGCACCAGUCCUCCAAAGGUGACCAAGAAGUCACUUUACUCUGCAUGGCUGAAGAUUUCUAUCCAGAAGAGAUCUAUAUGGAAUGGCAGGAAGAAAACAAAGAGGUGUCACUGGAGGGUGAUGAUGUCUAUGGCGCGAAAUGUGACCAUGAAAAACAAAGAUGCUCUUUCUUCAGCAUCCUCAAAGUCCCUAGACACGAAUGGAUGAAGGGAACUUCCUAUGCAUGCCUUGUAGCCCAUGUCUCCUCUGAAAGCUUCAUAACUAGAAGAGCCAGUUCCCAUUCUGAUGCCUGGGAUUGUGCCAUGAUUGGUGUUGCCCUGUGUGACCUCCGCAAUGAAAAUGAUGACGAGUAUAGUGAACUGGAGGACGCCAACGGUGUCUGGAACAAGGGUUCCACUUUCAUGAUCCUCUUCAUCGUUGCGCUCUUCUAUGGAGGCCUUGUCACCUUCAUCAAGCAAGGAACUCACCUUGCCCUGCUAGAGUCAGGGACCCAAUAUGCUCCAUCUGUCUUUGUCCUUUCUCCUCACUUGGAAGAAUUGGCUUUGCGGGAAAAAGCCACCAUCACUGCCCUGAUAAAAGGUUUCUGGCCCAAUGAUAUAUUUGUGAAAUGGCUCCGCAACGGUGAACCGAUAGCAGACUCAGAAUAUAUCACCAGUGAACCUGUCCAACAGUCCAAGACACCUGAGAUGUACUUCAGCUAUAGCAUGCUGAGCAUCAGUGAGGAGGAGUGGAAUUCCGGAAACACUUUCACUUGCGUGGUGGGACAUGAGGCAUUGCCCCUUCAGACAACUCAGAAGACUGUAGACAAGAACACGGAAAUAUUGUCGAACCUUCAUGUAGAUGGGAUUGUGGACAUUGAUGAAGAAGAAGACCUCCAGAACAUCGCGUCAAUCCUUACCACUUUCAUCAUCCUCUUCCUCGUGAGCCUUUUCUACAGUGCCACUGUAACUGUCAUCAAGGGGAGCUUUGAGAGGGACAUGCAAGACAUUUGUGGAGGCUUGAUUCGGGUUGCUGCAGCUGAGGCGUUUCGGCAGGGGGCGAGCAGUAGCUUCACGGAGCAGGCCACGCAGACCGGCCCAGAGCUGGCAUGCUUCCUUCAGAGCGCCAGCCGUUGGAAUGCUGAUGUGGAAUGGCUGGUGAAUGGACGAGCACAGCCAAAUAAAAAACGGGUGACCCUCUCCGGAGUGCAGGGAAGCGGUUACUCCAGCUCAGGCCAACUGAGAAUCAGCAAAGAGAGCUGGGACAGAGGGGAUCUCUACACGUGUCGAGUGACUCACCCGCCGGGCAGCCAGAACAUCUUGAUGUCCAACACCAGCAAGUGCCAAGCCUGCUACAGCACCACACAACCACCAACUGUCUCCAUCACCAAACCAUCCUAUAGAGACCUGCUUGAAAAGACAGCCAAAAUCACCUGCUCUGUGGUUGGCUCCCACCUUGAAGACACCCAAGUCAACUGGCAGGUGGACAGCCGGUCCAGCAGAGAGGGUCAGCAAACGGUGACGACGGAUGGCCCUGGGAGGCAGAGCGUGACGAGUACCCACCCUGUAUCCCUGGAGCAGUGGAGAAGGGGCACAACAUUCACCUGCAAAGUAACUGGACCAUGCUAUGGAGAAAUCACCAAAACAGAAGCCAUCCACAGGGGAACAGCUCCUGCCAAGCCCGCGGUCACCAUUUCCCAAGCCUACCUCGAUGAAUCAAAGAGUGCCAUGGCCCUGAUUCUUGUCUGUAGUGUCAGCGGCUUCUCCCCAGUGGAAAUCAGCAUCUCUUGGAACAAGGACAGUGUGCCCCUGAAUGCCAUGCUAUAUGACCAGGGUCCUGUGACACGAGCCGGGAAUGCAUACAGCACGUACAGCAUCCUGAAAAUAGGCAGCGAUGAAGCCGCGGGAAAGGGAGGCAGCUACAGUUGUGUGGUCUACCAUUCUUCCUCUGACAUCCCAAUCACUGCCACUGAAAGUGUAUCUCUUGAAUGCACACACUGUGAGCCUAAAAUGUUCAUCUUCAAACCCACCAUAGAAUCAUUUAGCAGUCCCUACCUGAAUUCCACCCUACUGUGCAGGGUUGAUGGACUGCCCACUGGGAAAGCCACACUCCAGUGGCUGAAGGAUGAGGAAAUACUUCACUCUGGCUUCAUCACCUCUGGACCAGCUGCACAGAGCAGUGGCAGCUACAGCAUCAUCAGUGAACUCACGGUCAUAAAGUCCGACUGGAUCUCUGACAAGGUUUUCUCCUGCCAGGUGGAGAGUGGAAAAUACAGUGAGACACAGACUGUCAGACAAUCCACUGGUUGUCCAGAUGCUGGUCCUGGUGAAACAAUCCAGGUUACAACCAUCCUACCAUCAUUCGCUGACACUUACCAGACCAAGUUGGCCAAGCUCACUUGCAGAAUCUCCAACAUCCCCUAUGGUCAAGAUCUUAAGGUGCUGAACAUCACCUGGACACGAGCAUCUGACAACAGGCAGCUGGAGACCAUAAUUGGACAGCCCCAGGACCAGGACAAUGACAUGUUGUUUGUUGAUGCUGAAGCAACCGUGUGCGUGGAUGAGUGGAACAACAGCCAAGAAACCUUCAAAUGCAAAGUUGCUUUUCCCGGCUUACUCCCUACACCUGAGACCAAGUCCUUGAGAAAGCCCAAUGGUGGGACCCUCCAUGCUCCAUCUGUCUAUAUCCUUCCCCCUCCAUCGGAACAGCUGACUAUGCAGGAAACAGCCACCAUCACUGCCCUGCUGAAAGGUUUCUACCCCAAUGACCUCUUUGUGAAAUGGCUCCGCAAUGGCGUCCCGGUUGCAUCUUCACAAUAUUUUGUCAGCAAACCUGUUCAGGAAUCAAAGACACCUGAGAAGUACUUUGCCUAUAGCAUGCUGAACAUCAACGAACAGGAAUGGAGUUCUGGAGACAUUUACACGUGCAUGGUGGGACAUGAAGCAUUGCCCAUCCAGACAACUCAGAAGUCCAUAGACAAGAACACGGUUACACAAACUGCUCCUUCCGUGUUCCCUCUGCUGACCUGCUGCAAUGGGGCAUCCCGGGACACCGUGACCUUUGGCUGCCUAGCUGCUGGAUUUUUUCCACAGUCUAUAGAGUUAGCAUGGCAUCCUGAUGGAAGAGAUAAAAGGAGCUUCCCAGCCAUGCUCCAAAGCGGAACAAGCGGUCUCUACAGAGCAAGCAGCCAACUCACAGUUUCUGCCUCAGAGUUUCAAUCAAGGCCUUACGAAUGCAUCGUAAAGCAUGCUGCACACAGAGGAACUGAUGUGCGAAAAGCCAUUCCAAGGAAACCUUGCAUUGGGACAAGUCAAGAGCCACUCCAAAUAUAUGUCUUCCAACCUGGCUGCAAUGUCCAGGCCACGCAGACCGGCCCAGAGCUGGCAUGCUUCCUUCAGAGUGCCAGUCGUUGGAAUUCUGAUGUGGAAUGGCUGGUGAAUGGACAAGCACAGCCAAAUAAAAAACGAGUGAUCCUCUCCGGAGACAAGAGCAGCGGUUACUCCAGCUCAGUCCAACUGAGAAUCAGCAAAGAGAGCUGGGACAGAGGGGAUCUCUACACGUGUCGAGUGACUCACCCGCCGGGCAGCCAGAACAUCUUGAUGUCCAACACCAGCAGGUGCCAAGCCUGCUACAGCACCACACAACCACCAACUGUCUCCAUCACCAAACCAUCAUACAGAGACCUGCUUGAAAAUUCAGCCAAAAUCACCUGCUCUGUGGUUGGCUCCCACCUUGAGUACACCCAAGUCCACUGGCAGGUGGAGAGCCAGCGCAGCACAGGGGUUCAGCAAACAAUGAAGACACAGGGCAUGAUGAGUACUCACCCAGUAACCCUGGAGCAGUGGAGAAGGGGCACCACAUUCACCUGCAAAGUAACUGGACCUUGCUAUGGAGAAAUCACCAAAGCAGAAACAAUCCAACGGGAUAGAGGUGCCACCAGGCCCUCUAUCACCAUUUCCCAAGCCUACCCCGAGGACACUUCCAAGAGCACCAUUGCCCUGAUUCUUGUCUGCAAUAUUAGAGGCUUCCUCCCAGAGGAAAUUAGUGUCUUGUGGGAAAAGGACAAUGCACUCCUGAGUGAAGAAUUGUAUGUAAAUGGGCCUGUGACACAAGCUGGGAAUGCAUACAACACUUACAGCAUUCUGAAAAUAAGCACAGAUGAAUCGGUCAGGAGGGGAGGCAGCUACAGCUGUGUGGUCUACCAUUCUUCCUCUGACAGCCCAAUCACUGCCAUGGAAAGGGUAUCUCUGGAACCACCCAAGCCUCAAGCACCUACCGUUGAACUCCUGCAGUCAGUAGAUCGAGAGAAGAAAAUGGUGAUGCUGAAAUGCAUUGCUUAUAACUACAGGCCACAACCUGUGACCAUCGAGUGGAAGGGUGUCCCACCAAACAAGAACUACAUAUUCACGGAAGAGAAGAUGACUGAGGGAACAUACAGGGCCAGCAGCCACUUCCAGAUGCCCUUCUCUCAGUGGCAAGAAGUGCAGAGCAACACAUGUGAAGUGGUGCAUCCGGGAACUAGCUCAAGGGUUGCCAAGAGCAUCUCCAGGAAAGACUGGAUUAUGCCCACAGACCUCACACUGACUCUCAGCCACGACCCACUCUGUCCCAGCCUAGGCCUGGGAGAUACAGACAAUGUCAUUUUACUCUGUUCUAUCUAUGGCUACUCCUCAGGGGACAUCCAAGUCACCUGGGAGACUAGUGGGGAGGCUCAAAGUGCCCUGGAGCCACAAACCUCUCUGGCAACAGCUGACCAGUUCUAUACCAGCAGCAACCUGACUGUGCCCUUGGAGGACUGGAACAAACGACAGAAGUACACCUGCAAGGUGACUCAGUCUGAAACAAACAGGAUCUACACAAGCAGUAUCAGCAAGUGCACAGCCUGCAAAGACAGCAUCCCACCCCCCAGCCUCUACCUCCUGAAGCCACCCCUUGAGAGCCUGUUCACCCAAAGAGAGGCCAUCUUGACUUGCCACGUGGUGGGAUAUGAGCUGGAUCAUGCCACAGUCACCUGGAUGGUGGGUGACCAUGACCGUAGCAAGGAUGCUACAGCAGGAACCAUCAAGAACCACGGAAACCAGACCCAGAGUUUCCAAAGCCAGUUGGUCAUCACCAAAGAGGCCUGGGAUUCUGGAAUCAAAGUCAAGUGCACAAUUUCUCAUCCCUGCUUGCUCUUCCCAACCACAAGGAUGAGCAUCCAAAAAACAAAAGAUCCCAGCCACAUAAAAGCUCCAUCUCUCUCCUGGGUCCUUCCAUCACCAACGCAACUGAUGCAACCUACAUCCCAAGCAAUAGCUUGGUUGGCCUGUGAAGUGUCUGAAUUCUCCCCAGCUGAAAUACUCAUCAGGUGGAAGAAGAACAACAGCAGUGUUGAUGUCUCUGAGUAUAUCACAGGGCCUCCAGUGGCUACAGAUGGCAACCUCACCUUCACCACUCAAAGCAUCCUGAAAAUCCCAGCAUCUGAAUGGGAAAGCAGAGCCCUAUAUACUUGCAUGGUGGGGCAUGAAUCCCUAUCUGAUAUGAAGCAGAUCAGAACAAACUUGUAUGAUUUGCUGGAACCAGCUUCCCCGCAAGUUACAACAUUCCACAUCCCAGAAGAAGGGGAAGGCCAGAAACUUGUCUGCCUGGCUACCAGCUUCUAUCCAAAAGAUAUUGACAUUCAGUGGAGCUCCAAAGGAAAAGCUCUGAACUGCAGCUCUGACUCUUCAUCUCUGGUAGUCCUCGGUGAUGGGAAGUUCCAGAAGAGCUGCAACCUGCCACUCAGUAAAGAACACUGGAGCCAGCUGGAAACCUAUACAUGCAUUGUAACUCACAACUCAACCAACACUGUGGUUAAAAAGGACUUGCGCUCUUCUGAAACUGACUCCUGUGAUCCAACAGUGCUUGUGGAAGUCAUCCCUCCAUCCUUUGCCGAUACUUACCAGACCAAAUCGGCCAAGCUGACCUGCAGAAUCUCCAAUAUACCCUUUUACCAAGAUCGGAAGGACCUGGAGGUCAUCUGGACACAAACAUCUGAUGAUAAACCACUGCAGACUGUACUUGGAGAUGCCACAGAGCAGGAAAACAAGGAGCUGGUGUUCAUUGAGGCAACCACCACUGUGUUUGCAGAUGACUGGGACCGUGGGGAUACCUUCCAUUGCAAAGUUACAUUUCCAGGCUUGCUUCCUGCCUCUGAAAUCAAAUCCCUAAAGAAGAUUAAUGGUGGUACCCACUAUCCUCCAUCCGUCUACAUCCUUCCCCCUCCAUCAGAGCAACUGGCUAUGAGGGAAACAGCCACCAUCACUUGCCUAGUGAAAGAUUUCUACCCAAAUGACUUCUUUGUGAGAUGGCUCCAGAAUGAUGAACCGGUGGGACCUUCAGAAUAUUUCGUUAGUAAUCCCAUGCCCGAAUCCAAGACACGCGAACGUUACUAUACCUACAGCACACUGAACAUCAAUGAGCAGAAGUGGAGUUCCGGAGACACUUUCACUUGUGUGGUGGGACAUGAGGCAUUGCCCCUCCAGACAACCCAGAAGACCGUAGACAAGAACACGGGUAAACCAACCAUUGUCAACGUCUCCCUCGUGCUCUCCGACACCACCCAAACUUGCAACUAAUCGCCAUCAUGAUUUCUCUAGUGCAAACACUGUCUCCCUGCUUCCACCAACAUGGUACCCUUGUGGUCUCCUCUAAUUUCCUCCUUGGUUCUUCAAUGGAAAGGAGGGGUGAUGGUGGAUAUCUUGAAAAGAUAGUUUCUUAUCUGUUAAACCAUACGUUGCCUUCAUCUUUUUGAAGAAAAAACAGUUUGCAAUAAAGUAUGUUUUUCAAAAACAAA